CGCGGUCGGCCUCUCCUUCCUUCUCCUUUAUAAUAAACCGCAUAUCGCGUGUUUAAUAAAAGAGUGUUUGCAUUUCCAGUGGAGCGAGAUACAGUAAUAAUUUAUAAUAAUAAUAAUAAUAAUAUAGAAGAUGUUGAAGUUCCUGUCGAAGGUAAAAAUUGAAUUCAAUGCCCUAGAUCCACGCACAGCAUCAUGCCUGGAGUUUCUAGCACAGUGCAACGCUCGCAAAGCCAAGGAAUCAAAUCCCGCAUGCCAACUCUUAGUCAAGCGCCGAACUGACGACCACCCGCCCCAAAUCACUGUCACUUUUGUUAACGGUGUUGAGGAGGUCUUUGAUGGUACUACCGUUUCUGCUCAGACUAUUAGAAAUAUGAUUUUAGAGAAAGGUCAGAGUCUUGAGACUGAACAAAUGUUUCGUGAAGCUGGUGAGAAAUGGCCUGUUCUUAUUCCUGAACAUGAGCUCCAUCAGUCAUUUCCUGGUACCAAGCCAAGGAAAGCAGAAGAGAAGAAGCAGUAACUACGUGCUGUCUGUUCCAUAUUUUGGCAGGGAUGACUCUGGAUGCCCAUCUGCGACAGUGCAAUGAAUCUAAAUUUAUCGAUCAUAAGAAAAAGAUAUAGGUCCCUUUUUUGAACUAUAUCCAUACUGGGAAGAGUCAAAUGUUAUAAUGCUCUGUUCAACUGUGGACUAUCUUGGGCAAAUCCUCUCUAUGCAACGAGUUAAAUGUAUUUUUGAAUGUACCAAUCUUGAGACUACUUUCAUCUUUGAGCUGUUUCACUUUGGCUUUCUGCUCA